CGACGUAUGUCAAUCGAAGACUAUAUGAAAAAUCUCCGAAACGUUAAUAAUGGCCAAAAUUUCUCACCUGAAUAUCUACAUGCUAUUUAUGAUGCUAUCCGCAAAAGAGAAAUCAUCAUGCCCGAAGAGCAUGAGGGACAACUUGGGUUCAACUAUGCGUGGAAAGAACUUUUGCGCAGAGCAGAAAGUGCUGGGCCAUUGAUAAUAUGUGAUACCUCUUUAUAUGACAAGGACAUGUUUACAGCAGUGUGGAAACCUACUGUCGCGGCAAUUUCAUAUGCAUUUAGCACUGCGCCGAAUGAUGCUACUCUGCAAAAAGCCAUCACUGGAUUUCAUCAGUGUGCAUUAUUAUCUGCACAAUAUAAGUUAUAUGACGUUUUCGACUAUAUAAUUAUGUCUCUAUCUAAAAUGACUGGACUAUUAGGAGCUCAUUAUUCUAAUGAGACAGCUAACAAUCCAUUAGUAAAAGUUGGAAAUACAGAAAUUACAGUUAGUGAUCUUUCCAUACAAUUUGGAAGAAAUUACAAAGGACAAUUGGCUGCUGUAGUUUUAUUCGCAGUUGCUAAUGAGCAUGGUAAUAUACUCAGAGAAGGUUGGAAAUACAUCUUGGAAAUUAUUAAGAACCUUUUUGUCAAUUCUUUGUUACCUGCUUCUAUGUCACAAGUGGAAGACUUUCUAGCUGGAACUACUACUAUCCCAUUAAAACCAAAAACCGCACCACAAUCUAAACAAGAAAGACCUCAAAUAGAAUGUAGUAUGUGUACAGUAGACUGUGUUUCAGUAUGCCGUUUAGAAGAGCUUUUCGCUGAUAUAAG